AUGCUGGGACCCGCAGCACACGGUCCCCGGGCCGGCCCAGGCUCGGGAGCCUCAUUCAGGAACCGGGAGAGGGGCGGCCGGCGCCUGCCCGCACCAUGCCCUGUCCGCCCGCCUGCCGGCCCUGCUCGUUCUCGAACACCCCACCUGGACGCGCCGCUCGCUCAAUCGGCCUCUGCUCACUUUCCCACCACCGGAAAGCCGCCGUCGGGCGCCGCCGACUUCCGGAGCGCCACACUGCCGCAAAACGGAAGUGUGGCGCUUGGCAGGAGCCGGCGCCCGGAAGUAACUGGUAUGAACCCUCUGUCUCCUUAUUUAAAUGUGGACCCACGGUAUCUUGUACAGGAUACGGAUGAGUUUAUUUUACCAACUGGCGCUAAUAAGACCCGGGGCCGAUUCGAGCUGGCCUUUUUCACCAUUGGAGGAUGUUGCAUGACAGGGGCUGCGUUCGGGGCCGUGAACGGGCUUCGGCUAGGAUUGAAGGAAACCCAGAACAUGGCCUGGUCCAAGCCCAGAAACGUACAGAUCCUGAAUAUGGUGACAAGGCAAGGAGCACUCUGGGCUAACACUCUGGGGUCUCUGGCUUUGCUCUAUAGUGCGUUUGGCGUUGUCAUUGAGAAAACACGAGGGGCAGAAGACGACCUCAACACGGUAGCGGCCGGAACCAUGACGGGCAUGUUGUACAAAUGCACAGGUGGUCUUCGAGGGGUCGCGCGAGGUGGUCUGGCAGGACUCACCCUUACCAGUCUCUAUGCACUGUAUAACAACUGGGAGCACAUGAAAGGCUCCUUGCUCCAGCAGUCGCUCUGAGGACACGGCCAACUCCGAGGAGGACGCCUCAGUCAUCAGUCUGGAGCUGUUUCGUCUUCUGCCUACAAUUAUUUUUAAAAAAUUGGAGAUUUUGACUUGCUGCAAUCAAGAUCAUGGAUGGCUGACCAAGACUGCCACGCCUCCUUGCCUUUAGUUGAAGCCAGAACCCUGCAGUGGGUGUGGCCAAGUGAUGUUGGGUCUUUUCCUCCUUUGGAGAAGACGUUGCACCUAGCCUCUCUUCCCCUUCAGCUGGAAAACCACUUACUCCCACUAUCCAGGUCCUGAGUGCUUGUAAUGCCGUACCGUUUGUUCACUUGAGGGAGCCGAAACUCUUCCUAACGCCCUAGACCCCAAUAGAGGGUGAAAACAGGACCAGAGGUAGCAGCUUCAACACUGGGUGUUUCCAUUUUAAACCAUGUAUCUGACUGUAAUGUAAAAGUUACUCUUGGUUUUUCUGCCCCUGCAGACUAAAACAUUUUUUUUCUUUCUUUCUUGUGGUGAAAUGAAGGGCUACUGGUGAUCAUCGCAGGUGGAGUGAGAUUUCCCUCCAAAGGGGCUGACACUAAACCUCACCAUGUUCCAGGUCAACCAUUAAAGUAGUGGACUAGUCUGCCCAACA